AUGGUUUCCGAAACACAACAGUCUACCUCCACGCAGUCCACCGAACAACGCACACAGUCUACACAGCAGGCGUCGCAGCAGGAAUACAUCGUAGACACUACUUGCUGGGGAAGCCUCAUUUCAUGCAACCCUAAGGUUCCAGGCUACAAGUUCGAAAAGGCGGUCCAGGAAUAUCGCAUUGGCAGGAAGGCAGGCCCGUCCGUCGAGAUCGUUCUCCCCGCGCCCAAAAUCAGCGGUCGUCACUGUACCAUCAAAUGGAAUGGCGAAGAGAACGCGACGUCGGCGGUGACGGUCACCGAUAACUCGCGCAAUGGCACGUUCAUCAAUGGCGGGCGAAUUCCUACCGGGACGUCCCAUAUUCUGCGCGACGGUAAUGAGAUUGCGUUUGGGUCCCGUAAGCUACUGGACUUAGAGGUUGAGGCUUAUGACUAUCGGUUCAUCUUCCGCCAUACACCCUUUAACACGUCUGCAGAAGGCGUGCACAAGAGCUACGAUAUGCUCCAUGAGCUCGGCAAGGGCGCAUUCGCAACGGUCAUGAAGGCGCUGAACCGGGCGGAGGGGCAGUGGUACGCGGUGAAGAUCGUGCACGUCCGCAAGCUCAAGCUGCGCGAUGGGUGGGAGAAGGCGCUCGAGGGCGGCCUCCCGACCGACCCGAAUGCGAGGAAGAUGCUGCGCGAAAUCAAGAUCCUCGAGAAGUUGGAACACAGGAACGUGUGUCAGCUGAAGGAGGUGUUCCUGGAGAGCCAUAGCAUCUACCUCGUCUUGGAGCUGGUCCAGGGCGGUGAUCUCAUGAAGUACCUGCUUCAGAAAGAGGCAAAUAAGGAGACAAUGUCAGAAGCCCAGUCGGCACACAUCAUUCUCCAGAUCUGCGAGGCUCUCGCCUACGUCCACAGCAUGGGCGUCGCACAUCGUGACUUGAAGCCCGAGAACGUGCUCUUGACGAGGGAUAACCCUCCCGUCGUCAAGGUCGCGGAUUUCGGCCUCGCCAAGGUCAUCGACACGUUCACAGAUCUGCAGAGUUUGUGUGGCACGGACAAAUACCUUGCGCCCGAGGUUGUGAUUCACGGCCCGGAGGGUUACAACCAAAUCGUGGACAGCUGGAGCGUCGGCAUCAUCGCGUUCAUCAUCCUUACUCUCCACCAUUCUCCGUACGUCGAUGAUCUGGAGAACGAGGGCCUCGAGACUCGCGUCACUAAUCGUGAAGUGAACUGGGCGUGCCUCCGAAGCCGCGGCGUCGACGAACAGUGCGAGCGAUUCCUGCACGGUCUUCUCGAAUUCGAUCCCACCCGGCGAACCACCAUGGCGGACGCCUGCCUUGACCCGUGGCUGGUAGCGCAGGCGGCGGCGGGGCUUGACAUCACAUCGGAGCAUCCUCUUUACCUACUUCCCGCAUCUAGCCCAGCCCCGGAGCUUCCUGGCGACUCCAAGCGAUUUUCUUCGCACGAUGACGGCGCCCCGCUCGCGGACCUUAAACGAGGGGCUUCAGGGGCUUCAGGCUGUAGAGGCUCGACCAGGGCUAGCACCGAAGAGGUCGACCAACCCCAGCCGCGCUCUAGAUCCACCCUCACGCGCACUGCCACUGUCGUUCACGAGGAGGGCGAGUCUAAUCUGGGAGAGACGGUGCGCGCGUACAACUUCAAGCGUAAGGUCAAGGACAGGUCCGACGCGUCGCUUAACCCGGAGGCCGACUCAUCGCGCGACCUGCGCUCCGAGACGACGGUCGGCGUGGCGCCCGCGACGGAGCCCCGUGAAGUGAAGAAAGGGUCCUCUCGACGCGCCCCGGGGAUUAAGCGAGUCCGGACUGGAGGGAGCGAGACUGCUGGGUCGAGUGCGAAUGGUGAUGAGUCUGAUGAGGUUCCGGGGCUGGUGCGCCGUCGGUCGCCGCGGUUGAAUCCGCCUCCAUCCUGA